CUCAUUGUCAAUGUCAUUCGAUCUCGUUGAUAGGAUGCAUUGUGGAAAAUGAAGUGAAGGGUGAAUGGUUGAGGUGUCUCUGCGUCGUGCUUAUUUUAGUCAUCCGGUUUGCAAAACAGAUCUAUUCCACGUGAAUUUAUUGCCCGUCUUAGGCUCUUUGUGGAUAGCCAGAAACUGUUCAAACAUAAUACAUCGCAUGAAAUCGUCCUGAUUCUCCGCGUCAUAGAGAUGGAGGUAGCGGCAUCAGGAUGGGAGGACGAAUAUCGGAUCGCCCUUCUUGCGGUGCAACGUGCCGUGAUUUUGACCAAAACUGUCCUGUCGAAUGUUGACAAGGGGGCGCUGACAAAAGAAGACAACAGCCCAGUCACAAUAGCAGACUUUGGUGCACAAGCACUACUCAUUGACGCAGUACACCGUAACUUCCCUGACGAUGGAUUCGUGGGAGAGGAAUCGGCGGACGCACUUCGGAAGGAUGCUCAAUUGUGCGAGCGAGUGUGGGAGUUGGUGCGGACGACAUGCCUUGAUGACGACGAAGGGAAUCUGAUCUUGGGUAAUCUAGAAACCAAAAAGGAGAUGGUUGAUGCGAUUGAUCGUGGAAGUCGAAGUGACGGACGAAGCAAAGGCAGGGUCUGGGUGCUCGAUCCGAUUGAUGGUACUCAGGCUUUCGUGAAUGGCGGGCAGUAUGCCGUAGCCCUGGCAAUGGUCGAAGAUGGAGUGCAGCGUGUCGGUGUUCUGGGAUGCCCCAAUCUUGGGCUUGACCAGGUCGACCGAGGAGAGGUGGGCGAUUCUACAUAUCAGAAGGACGGAACUGGCGUUAUGCUCUCGGCUGUGCGUGGACACGGUUCGUAUAUCAGACCGCUAUCGCAGGGAAAAUUGCUACCUGCACGCAAGAUUGAGCAACCAGCACGAACUGGGCCGGUGCUCAAGUUCGUUGAUUCCUCGAAAAGUCGCACCACUGAUCUGCAACGACAUCGACGGGUUGCGGCCAACUUAGGCUCAACCUGGCCCGGGUCAGAAGUCUUGUCUUUACAGAUGCGCUACGUUGCUAUCACUACCGGCAACUGCGACGCGAUGAUACGCAUUCCGCGUGAUGAGACCUACCGCGAGCCCGUUUGGGACCACGCCGGUGGUGCGCUUAUUCUGGAGGAGGCCGGUGGCAGAGUGACAGACCUCAAUGGGCAACAAGUCGAUUUUGGUCAGGGAAGACGAUUGCAGAACAAUCAUGGACUUGUCGCAGCUCUUAAAGAUGCGCACACAACGGUACUGGCGGCGGUCCAAGGAAACUCGCAACAAGGUGGAGAAUGACGCAGUCCAAAUGCACCGUUUUCAAGAUUCUAUUCCCUCCACGAACCACUUCAAGCUCUUUGAAACGAAGUCCACCCCCAAGAAUCAAAGCCGCUGCCACCAGCAACCUGUUUAUCAUACAUGAAAAAUUGCUCGACUGAGAAGGCUGAAGUCUUCCACACU